AUGGACGGCUUCUCAGUAGUUUCGUUGACAUCUUCCGCCGCAACCAUCUCCAACCGUGCGCUUUCGAGCGCCGAGGAGCUGAAGGAGCUCAUCCAGAACUUGGACUCGCAGCACUUCACCAUCCCGCACCUCUCCCCCUUGGGCGACGCGCUCCACCAGCUCCACCAACAAGUCGCUCAAUUACAAACGGCCCUAAAUGGGGCGUCAGCCAUCUCGGUGAGGCUCCAGACUCACCUGAGCCAGUCGCUCGAGGCGUGCGAUGGAAUCGCCGCCGUGCUGAACAAGCAGGUCAUGCGCCUGCAGGCUGAUAACUUGCUCCUGUUUGAUGAGACAUUCUGUGCGGUGCACAGCCAUACGCUUGUCUCGUACUGUCAAUUGUUCGACGUAUUCGUGAAGCUGCUGUCUUUGCCAGACAAGGAACACCAGGAUGCUGCUCUUGACUCCACUGAGAGCAUGGCUUGUCUCGAGCAAGUUAGUAUUGCCUCCCAGAGAGCAUCAGAAACACGAGAUAUCUUGCUCCCUGAGGGCGCGCCUCCUACUGUAUCGAGUAGCAAGGGACCUCUUCCAGGCGACAGCAACGAACCCCCGCCGUAUGAGCCUGCAGUUCCUGGACCCUCGUCGUCAGCGGCGGCUGGACCAUCGAGUCCGGCUUUGGGCUUUUCCAUGUCGUCGCUCACGAAUUCCUUUAAAGCUAUGACGUCCAACCUUUGGCCGAAGCCGGAUCCUCUUGCAACCGCCUUCUGUCAAGCCGCUCUAAGAGGCGAUGUCAAACAAAUGAGCGGGUUUCUCGCCCAAGGAGGAAACAUGAAUGGUCGAGAUGGCGAUGGUAACACGCCCUUGACCUGCGCAAUUUUGGCCGAUAAGGAGGAGGCUGUCAUGUUUCUACUCACGUCUGGUGCCAACGUAUCUUCGCGGGACGGGUCCAAGUUGCCGCCCGUGUUCUUGGCCGCCUCAGCUGGUAGCGUCGAUGCGGUCAGGCUCCUCAUCAGCAAGGGGGCAGACAUCAACCAGAAGAGUUGGUCCGGGCAGUCUUUCUUCGUCGAUGUCGUUGCGAGCGAAAACGUGAAGGGGAUCCAGGCGCUUUUGGAGAACGGCGCAAAUGCAAACACCACGAGUAUAUCGGGACGAUCUGUCAUUGCCCAAGUCGUCAAGAAAGGCAACAUAGAGCUUGCUACUCUGCUUAUACGACAUGGAGCAGACGUCAACUCAUACGACAUCACCGGGAACUCUUUGAUAGCCUUGGCUGUUGGCCAGCCGAACGUGGAAAUGGUCCGCUUGCUUCUGAGACACGGUGCAAGCGCAACUGGACGGGGCCUCAAUGGAAACACAAUGCUGGUGGACGCAAUUAGCAAGCGACGGAUGGAGAUUGCCACUCUGCUCCUCGGGCGUGGAGCGGACGCAAGUGCUCGAGAUCUCCAGGGCAACCCGAUUCUUGUCGCGGUCAUCCGAGACACCAAGCUGACCGAGCAGGAGCGGUUGGACACGGCGAACCUGCUCCUCAGGCAUGGUGCUUCUCCCAACGUCAAUGAUAGCACCUGGAGCAUGCCUGCAAUGUGCUACGCAAUGGAGAACGGGUCUUCGGAGCUGGUCAAGCUGAUGCUGCGGUAUGGCGCGUCGACGGAUAAGAAGAUGAAGGGCGGAGAGACGCUGCUCCUGUAUGCCAUGGACAACGGGAGAAGCGAUCAAGCGACGAAGCUGGUUCAGCACGGCGCCGAUGUGAACGCAACGGAUAAGAAGGGGCGGACGCCUUUGAUGCAGGCGAUCAUCAAGGGCGACUUGGAGUUGAUUAAGCUGCUUCGGCGCUACGGUGCCGAUGUCAAUGCAGGAGGCGUCGUGUCUCCGGCAGAGCUCGCUCCCGCCAUGAACAAUUUUGAGAUAUUGAGGCUUCUAGGCCUGGAGAUUCCGACGAUGCCUCCACCUCCGCCAGCACAGGCAUCGGGAAGCGCAGUGACUGAUGAGGCCGGUCCUCCUCGGCCGCAGUCACCUCCGCCGGGGUAUGACAAGGCAGUUGGGCACUAA